UGCUUCAUCGACAAGAACUGUAUCCUUGACAGUCCACUGAUGACACAAGUGUAUCGUGGCAACUGGCAGUUUAUCCACAGCGGGGGACUCAGGUCAGGCAUUCGGUGGACUGAUGGUCAUUGGACAGGAACUCUGAAGACAUUGUUUUUUGCUGUUUUUCAAUAUGCACGCUCUCUUUAUUUUUGUGGUGUUCCAGUGCAUACAUGAAGCAUGGUGUCAGUCCUGUAUACAAACAAAUACAGACUAUGUUUGCAAGGAGAUUCCAAAAGGUUAUCCUGCUGGCUUGACCUCUGUGUAUAUGUUUGUGAAUGGUUUAGGAGACAUCAACUUGUCCAUGUUUAACAGCACAAAUCUGACCUCUGUGAACAGACUGACUAUGACAGGCCAAGGUGUCACAGCAAUAGGGCCACAAACCUUUAAUAAGUUUCAGAACCUCAAAACUCUUAAUUUGGACCGUAAUCUUCUUUCCCAAGUCUCGUCAGACUGGUUUAGCCAUCAUUAUGCACUUGAGACACUCGGAUUGUCAAAUAAUAAAAUCACUACACUGGAUCACAAUUCUCUUGAAGGGCUGUCAAACCUGCUCAUGCUGGAUUUGUCUCAGAACCAGAUUCACACUAUAACCCAGAAUAGUUUUCUCAGUCUUAGUAAACUGAGGCUGUUAAACCUGUCUAACAAUCAAUUUACGUAUUUGAGUGCGGAUUUGUUUCUUCCACUUAACGGCACAAAGAUCCGUUUGGAUGGAAAUCCCUGGGACUGCUCCUGCUCUGUGAAGGACUUUGCCAAAUACCUGAGAGGUCUGCAAAAUGCCUCGCUGCUGGAGAAUGAGAUGUUGGUGUGUUGUAACAACCCUCCUGCGCUGAAAGGUCUGCCAGUAUGGCAGGUACCAGAGUGUGAAACCCCCACAACCGUGGGCCCUAACACUACGAGUUGUAUUAAUGCAAGCCUUACCACUGGAAGUCCUGCCACUGUAAUUACAACCAAACCUCUCGCAAUUGGACACUCCACAUUAAUCAUUUUAAUUGUGGUACUGUGUGCCCUGGUACUUGUCAUUUGUGUCCUUUCAGUACUGUACCACAGGAAACGAGAAAGGAAACAUCUACAGGCUGUAAAACCUUCUUCAGAGAGAUCAGAGAUUAUACAGGCCAGUGAAACAACUGCAAAGAGCAACCGAGAGGAACACAGAAAAGUGAAAUCUGAAAUUGCUGAUAAAACGCAAAUUGCCACAAGAGAGGUCUUACUAAGGACAAACCAGAUGGUGGUUGGAGAUGAGAAGAUAUCACAGAUUUACCAUAUUUAUUCAUCAAGGACAUAUGAAACUAGAGAACCCAUUAAACGCGUGAGCUCCGCCGGGCCGGUCCUCUGCAGAACAGAGAUGUUUGCUAAACAGAUUGAAGAAGUGGCCACUGAGGAAGUUGGGGAGAUGAAUGAUGAGUAUUUCAAUGGAUGGAUGACCUCAGAAAAAGACAAUCUGAAUAUGAAUAUUGAAGAGGCGGAAAAGUUGGAAGACAGAAAAAACGAGGAGAGUGAUGGAUUCACUGAUGAGUUCAGUAACACCACAGACACUCUGGAAUCACACAUGGAAAGCCUUCGAGAGGAAAAUGAAGAUACUGAUAAGAGUGUUAAAGCUGGAACAAGUGUAGACGAAGAUGUUCCUCAGAAUGGUGUGGGGAUUGAUGUGUUGGAAGACCUGAAUGAGUUGACCGUUGGAACAGGAAGCAGUCAAGAUAUUCUCCAGGUAAAUCAUGCGACAUCCCAGUCUGAGGAGACUGCUGAGAAACUGCCUUACCUCACGAUUGGUGCUGAUCCAGAAAACCAGACUUCUGUGGUCGAUCAGCACACUGCUAAGGUUACAUCUGGACCUUCGAGACCCAUUCGGCGGGUACUGACCUGGCCUCCGACCGCGGUCCAGUGGAAGAAGCAGUGGGCUCAAAAUCAACAAAUCCUCAAUGUGUUCCCCAAACUAAUAUUUGUAACCGGUUGCAGGCAUGAAAUCAGACCAUUUCAUCCCAGGAUUUCUCCUGCAACCCUCCCAACCGCCCCACAUUUCAAUGCACUGGAGUUUCUGCCAGAAAUCACAGCCCCAAUGGAAGAUGUCAGAGUCGCUAUUGAUGAGGACACUUACAGGGCAAGUCUCGAGUCAUCCACUCAAAAAGUCCAGCAUUUCACUGCACAAGAACACUUCACCAAUGCUAAUAAAUCACUGAGGGAAGAUGGCAGAAUUUUUACAAAUGAGGAAACAUGGAGGUCAGAUCUUGAGUCGACCGUCUUCUCCGACUUAUCUUUUAAAAACUCGCCUAUCGAAGAAAGUGAGGUCUGCUCUGAAUUGUUCAGCAUUUUUAAUCCAUCAUUUGGUGGCAGCAAGUCAAAGCCUGCUGUCGGAGAGGAGAUAAACAACAGGGAUUACAUGGAGGAAAUGCAGAGCGUGAAGAAAAGGACACACCGAGAUCACCAGAGUGAGCAGGUUGCUUCAGAAUUCCAGAAGCAGUCCAGGAGAGUUGAGAAAGCGGCACCAAGAGCUCAAAGAGACCAGCGGCGGGGUCAGGUGUGUAACGGCUCUGACUCAAGAGCGCCCCCUUCAGGAGGUUCUCCAAAAGAUGACAGCCUGUUGCUGGGGAAUGAGUACACCUUUAUAGACCUGCUACAUGAGGUGGUGGAAAAUCAUGGGCGCUGGACUCGAGACCGAUGGAGACAAACACAAAAAAACAAACUCAAGCACAAACAGAGUCGUUAG